AUGUCCUUAAAUGAGCCAAUUAAUGGACAAGUUUCCAGCGACACCGUUCAUUAUAAUAGUAUGGAAUUUGAAUGGAUAACCGUGGGUCAUGUUACCAACUCUUGGGUAGUUGACACGCUAAAACAUUUAGACCGGAAGCUUGAGCCAAAAGCUGCACCAGGUAGCGACAUAUCUCGGUACAAGCUGGAAAGUGUCGUGAAAGGCCUCUUGUUUGGCGGGUUUUUUCAUGGCGGUUGCAACGUUGCUGAGCGACAACAAAAUAAUAUUUAUUUAGCUGCUUUACACACUAGACCUCUGGGUAAAUGGUAA